AUGUUAUUAAAAUCAACCAAAACAAUUGGUCUCGCUUUCCUGGGAUCGCUCUUCUCGCCCGCAAGCACCACAUUCGUCAUUCAAUGCUACAGUCGUCUCGUCGACGAGCGUGUGGAUCCAGUAGUCAGUCCUGGAAUUCUCCCUGCAUCUCACGUGCAUGCGAUUGCUGGUGGUAGUGGUUUCAGCGCCAAUAUGACAUAUGCUGAUGCUCGUGCUGCCAAAUGUGGGACUUGCAAUGUGAAGGAAGAUCUGUCAAACUAUUGGACCCCGAAGCUUUACUACAAGGCUCAGAAUGGUAGUUUCAUUUCUGUACCUAUUAAUGGAGAUGACGGAUAUGGAAAUCUUGGGGGGAUGGCUAUUUACUAUCUUCAACGUCCAGGUCCAGAUAAUGAUCCACUUGUCCCAUUCCCUAAGAAUUUUCGUAUGCUGGCAGGAGACACAAACCGACGAAGCUACAAUGACUCUUCUUUCGCAGACCGUGCUGUUAGUUUUCGAUGCACAGGGACUGGUCUUCAAACAAAUGGAUUCCCAAACAUCAACUGUCCAGAUGGUCUUCGACUUCAGGUCACAAUGCCCAGUUGUUGGGAUGGUGUAAAUGUAACUUCAGCCGAUUUCAAAUCCCAUAUGUCGUAUCCUGCGGAUGGUGAUUUUGACGGUGGUCGCUGCCCAGCUUCGCAUCCUCAUCAUAUGAUGACUUUAUUCUUCGAAGUUACAUAUCGUACUGAUCUUUUCGCAAAUGAGUGGUAUGGCAAUUCUCAACCUUUUGUCCUUGCUAAUGGUGAUACCACUGGUUACGGAUUCCAUGGUGACUUUGUCAAUGGUUGGGAUAUCCCAACACUCACAAAAGGCAUUAAAAACUGCCUUGACGGUGAACCCGACUGUCCGAACGAGACUUUCACCUUUUACGAACAAUCUGACACCCAAGAAUGCAAACUUGCUUCUCUGAUUAACGAACCCGUAAGCGGUACGCUCUCCGCACUUCCCGGUUGCAAUGCACCCUCUUCAGGUCCGGCGGAAUACACACCACCAGCUUGUCCUCAAGAUGUAGCUUUAGCAAAGUCGCUGCAGACUCCGCCUUCCCGCUUCAACCCCGCCGCUUCUAAGGCUCCCUCGCUCCCAAUCGGCAUCGUCGAUUUGAGUGCCUCCAAAGGCUGGACCUAUCUCGGAUGCGGAACCGAUGACGCUGCAAGCAGAACCUUGAAUGCCGAUUGGGAAGGAAACAAUACAAUGACUAUCGAAACCUGUGUGAAUUUCUGUGCGUCCAAAGGUCACACAUAUGCAGGGAUGGAAUUCGGAAGUCAAUGUUACUGCGACAAUGUUCUAUCUGCAGACCGCGCACCUGUUGCUGGUAUGCUAGGUGAUUGUAUCAUGCCAUGCGCAGGAAACAGUGCCGAGAAAUGUGGUGGUAAUGCUGCAAUUACACUCUAUCAAAAGUGUGGCGCAAAUGGAUGCGCUGCCUCUAGUGUAGCAAAGCCUGUUUCUGCUCGAUCGCAAAGUAAGAAGAGAAGUAGGGUUCUGAGGGGGCUGGGUGUUUAG